AUGCGGGGCUCGAGUUUCUACCGCGGAGGGGCUUCGGGAGCUCCGUCACCCUCGUCAUGGUUUGAGAUCCGUCUCUUCUAUGUCCGGAUAACUCCUUGCAUCGCCGACGCUACCCCUCCCCACCUCACCCUAUCCUACCUCCGCCGGGAGAUCGGUGUGGCCCUGGAGAUCAACGGGGCGAGGGUUCCGGCGUCGGAUCCGACUUCCAUCUUUCUCCGGAGGGACCGCGUCGAUCGGGGGGCCUCCGAGGUGACCUAUGUCAGCACAGACAGCGUCCGGCUAUCUGGGGCGGUCGACUUCGAAGUUCGGGACGGGGAUGACCUUCUGCUCUGUGGCGCCUUGGAGAGAAUGGAUACGCCGUGGGGAAACGGCGUUGUGCACAAUCAUCCAGGGCCUUUGGCGACGACUCUGUCAUCUGAUCAGGAUCCGAAAACUGGGUGGGGUAUGGACUGCUAUUCGGCUGCAUCUUUGGCAUCGUCAGCGUUUGUCCAGCCGAAGGUUGGGGCCAUGUUCCCCUCAAUUGAAGUCUAUGUGGCUGGUUGCUGCUCGGGUUUCCCCUUGAUCCUCACCCAGACCGUCCAACACAGCCCUAGGAGGAAGGUUUCAAGGCAGGGGACGUUGGAUGUAAUUCCUGAAGGUGAUGAGGCUAAUGGGAAGGAGCAAAGGAAAUCUGGCAGUGGAGAAAUUAACCGAAGAUCAUUAUCAUUGGUUAGUGAUUUGCCUAUUUCCAUAAUUUAAGGGGAGUUGACGAAAAUUACAAUUGUCUCUUUAAAUGAUUUGCGAGACUUAGUUAAUUUUUUUUUGAUGCUUCGUCAACUUCCAAGAAUGGAUUUUCUUAAUGCCUUCCAUUUAAUUUGAAAUUAAAGCUUCAGCUCGUUUUCUUGUUUGCAUAAUGUUAAUUAGUCUUCUACAACUGUAUCUUUUUACUUAAAGUUUCUAGAUGACAACAUGCAGGAUUGAAUUUCGUUAUCCACCGCAAAAUCUUUUGGUAAUUUUUUCACAAUAGGGUGAGAUUUAAUACUAAAGUAAUGAGUAUUAUUAAAAGGGCAGAAUAGAGAUGGCAUGAGACAUUUUAUUACUGCUUAUUCACCUCAGGAAGGUCUGCUUGUGUGCUGAUUUUUUAUUGAAAUCCAUGGUCGACGAAUAUCAAUGUCUCAUGCCAUCUCUAUUUGGUUUAUUCAAGUUUGGGAAUAAUUUAUCCGAAAAUAUGAAGCAGAAACGAAAUUGUAUUUUAAAUAAUCUUUGGAGACAAUUGAUUUCUAUGUUCUCAUUGAUAUCAGCAGCUCUCUGUUUUGUAGUUAAUAUAGCAGGUUCCUAACUAAAAGAUGACGUGGGGGAAUUGCCUUUUUAGUACAUUUUUUUUUCUCCGUUUGAGUUGAUGCAUUCGGUAUGCUCUGUAGAACUAAUCUUUGUUUGUGGAUGACUUAUUCUUGCUUAAGAAAUAUCUUAGAUUAACAUAUUACUAUGUAAAUUCAUGUUUACUUGUCCUGCUAGUCCAAACAGGAACGGAUCAAAUUCGAAACAAGGACAUGUAGACUGCUCAAACUGUUUGCAACUCUUUGAAAACAUUAAUUUUGACAUUAUAAUCCUAUAAAAGGCUAUUCUGAGGACGACAUUUAUUUGCGUUAACAAGAUGACCUGGGGGUUGAGAAAUCUAUUAUAUGGAAUAAUCAUUAUCAGAUGCUAAUAUGAAUGAGCUCCUGUUUUCUGUAUACAAGGAGAUGAAUGGUAUCAGUGGAAUUAUAGUGAUGGGUCAAUCUGAGAAUAAUUUGUUUGAGGUAGUUCUCUGUAGACCACAAGACAGACAAAGUCUUGAGACCCUGUAACUUUUCCCAUAAAGUUUGAAUAUACGCACUGUGGUAAAUAGAAUUGAAACCGUCAUUAAAAUCUUUGAGAAAGAAACCGUGAUUCAAAACGAACCUGGAAUAUUGACUUUUUGGUCAAAGGCUUAAAACAGUGGUAAACUGACUUGAACAUGUUCAGGAUUUCCUAAUCUGGUAUCAAUCCAGAGUGGACAGCAUUUUACUUCCAUAGAGUGGGCAAAGCAUUCGGAACUUUUGAAACCAAUCUCAAGUCACAACCAUCUGUUGUUCUGAAACUCUGCUGUGACAAUCUUUUUUCUUCAAAUUCUUUAGAGAAGUUGGGAUGAUCAGAGGGGAAAUCUCACAGCAACGAGACGGCUUCUAUCAAAACCCAUUCUGUGGGCAUAUGUUAGUAAGAAGCAUUGGGAUUCAUUAUACCUGUGUAUUGGCUUCAUUUAAUUGUGUUCAAAUAUAGAAUAUAGUGAUGGAAAGUGUAUGAUCUUGAACUCUCGAUUCAUAUCAUCUGAUUUUCCACUUCCUUUGAUCCUCUAAUUUUGUGCUUAAUUUAUGGUUCUUGCACUUUCCGCAGCUUGCUUGUUUUUAUUGGUACAUUGGUCUCAGGAUAGCAUCCCUUAUCCAAAAUAAGAAAGUUUUUUCCAUUUCCCCGGCUCUCCUCAGCUCACAAGUACUGAAACUCUCUGGUGGAAUCCUCCUGCAGGUAAUGGAAGGCGAGAGCGAUGAAGCAGAGAUGGAGGAGAAGAUGGUGCGAGGCCUGUACAGUGAGGAAGACGGGCAGCUCUCGUGGUUCAACGCCGGGGUGCGGGUCGGUGUGGGGAUCGGGCUGGGGAUGUGCCUGGGCCUGGGCCUUGGCGUCGGGCUGCUCAUGCACUCGUACCAGGCCACCACCCGGAACUUCAAGAGGCGGUUCUUCUGA